CAGUUACACCAUUUUUUUAAUCGUAUUUCUGUUUUAAAGAUGGCAUAAAAUGUACUCUAAUCUUAUUGCUAAAUUGCCACGUAGUCCUUUUCAAUGCUUGUAGCAAAAUUUUAGAUAAAACAAAAGGGUAUUCAAACGUAAGGUAAUAUUUUUUAAAAGCGGAGGAUUUGUUUCAGACUUUUGUGCAGCAGGUUUCAAUUCCACGAACAGCAGGAUGGGAGGGGGGAUUUGUUCUAACGCAAGUGCAUCAUCUGUAAGUGCAUCAUCUGAUUCAGUUCUGCUACAACCAAAAAGACCAGUGUUUACUUUUCAUUGAAAGAAAACAUUCCUAGAAGUGGAAUGGCUGGAUCACAUGCUCACAUGUAUGUGUGUGUACCACAUGUGUGUAGUACCUGCAGAGGCUGGAACUGGAGUUACACCAUAUGAGCAUUUGGAAUUGAACCCACAUCCUCUGGAAGAGAAGCCAGUGCUCUUAUCUGAUAAGCCAUGUCUCCAGCCAUAUCUAAUUUUCUACUUCCAACAAUACUUCACUGUCCAGAAAUCUGAAAAGGAAUUUGGAAGGGAAAUUCUGGAGAGGUGAAAGAAAAAAGAAGUGUGUGCUAUCCCAGAUUCCAAAUUAGAAUGGAGACUACUUGGUAAACUAGCAGAUGAAGAUCUUGAGGAGUGUGCCUAACCUUCUUCCCCUUGGCAACUGGUAGUCUACUCUGAGAACCACCUGGCAUACCAUGGGGAAACGUGAUAACCGCGUGGCAUAUAUGAAUCCUAUAGCACUGGCCAGAUGGAGGAGUGCAAGCCAGUCUACAGGCCCAACUAUUCAAGAUUAUCUGAAUCGACCAAGGCCUACCUGGGAAGAAGUAAAGAAACAAUUAGAGAAUAAAAAGAAAGGCUCCAAGGCAUUGGCUGAAUUUGAAGAAAAAAUGAAUGAAAAUUGGAAAAAGGAGCUUGAGAAAAGCAGAGAGAAAGUAUUAGGUGGAAAUGUCAGUUCAUCCAAAAGAAAAGAUAAAAAGAAAAAGAAAAAGAAAAAAUCUUGUCGGUAUACAUCCUCUUCAUCAAGCUCUGAUUCGUCAAGCAGUUCUUCAGAUUCUGAGGAUGAGCCCAAGAAACAAGGGAAAAAGAGAAAGAAAAAGAAGAACCGUUCCCACAAAUCAUCUGAAAACUCCACCUCUGAAUCAGAAUCGCCAAGCAAGGAGCUUGCCCCAAAGAAGAAAAAAGCAAAGGAUGAAACCGAAAAAGAAAAAUAUACCAAAAGCUACAGCAAGAAAAGAAAGAAGACUUGUCCUGAGGAAAAGCCAUCCUCUUCAGAAUCCUCAUUCGAAUCAGAUUAUGAAGAGGAGGUGCAGGCAAAAAAGAAAAGAAAAUACGAUGAGCAGGAAAGAGAAAUGGAAAAGGUGAAAAAGAAGAAAAAGAAGAAACAUCACAAGAAACACAGUAAGAAAAAGAAGAAGAAGUCUAGUUCAAGUCACAAGUCAGUGUAACAGACAGGAAAACCAAACAGGCUUCCCAUAUUUAAAAUGAAGCAAAAUCUAAAGGAAACUUCAACUGUGAAAAGCUAGGUUAUAUUUACCAAAAUGCAUGAGAUUCUCUGUGUUAAUAAAGUUAUUCUGAACUCUAAGUUGCCAGUAUAAUGCCACUGUGCCAGAAAAGGCUGUAUUCGUUGCCUGCAGUUUAUAUAGAGAGUUUUGUUUGUUUAAUGUCUGUCAUUAUGCCUAAUAGGUACUCUUCUGGGAACCAAAAUUCAGUUGUCAUACUAAUGUUAAAAUGUUUGGAGUUCAAUUAAAAUGUUUUGGGUAAUGAAUAAUUUUGACCAAAAAUAUAUCUAACGUUAAAUGUAUGUAAUUUUUACAUAUCUUUAAAAUACAGUCAGAAACAUGGUGACAAUUACAGUUGACAUUUUGAAGAUAUGACAGCAUUAUUAUUCAAAAAUUUGUUUUUUAGCUAUGUUUAGUUGGUGUUGCAUUUUCUUUCAAGACGUUUUUGUUUACAUUGGGGAAGGGUUCACGUCAGGGAGUGGGAGGGGGGUGUGUUUGCUACUCUGGUUAGCUGAAUAGUGUGCCUUUAAUCCUUACACAUCCUGUUUUUGCCAGUGCAGCAACCAUUUAUUUCUUACAUACUGAAAUUGUAGAAUGUUGUUGUGUACUGUAUCAAAAGAACAAGGAAGCAGUUUACAGCAUAAAGCCCCCAAAGCUAUGACAUUUACCUCCAUUUCAGCACUAUUCACUCUCUAGUACUAAAUGCUAUUUAACAUUUGAUUACUACAUAAUUUGAAUUCACUGUUAUUAUUUGAAGGAGAAUCAUUUUAAACUGUCCCUGGUUUUGUUUCUUUGUUUUUAUUCAUAAACAUGAAUUUUGCACACUUUAUAUUGCCAUUUUAAUUAUCCAGUGAUAUUCUUUAUGAUGAGUGUUGAUCCUUUUAAAUAUAAUUUUUAUGGUGAAGAUAUAAAGUUCAAGUUUUUCAUAUCUUAAAUUUUGGGUAUUAAUUUCAUCUCAUUAGUGCAUUUAAAUUUCACAUUUGCCAAAAUAUUUAGCAUGUAAAAAGAAGGUCUUUAAAAAAUUGUAAUGCCUUCAUAUUGAUGCUGGUUUACUAAUAAGCAAGUUGAGGGCCAGACUUCUAGUAUGCUCUGUGUCUUGUUACAUAAACUACUGCCAAAAUAUUAGUAUGUUCAUUAAAAGUUUCUUGUCCUAAACAUUAGUACUGAAGUAUAAUGAAAGUUAAAUUUAGGUAAUAAUGACAUCAUUUAUCUUCCUGUGUCCACAUAUUACUAAGAUCCGGUGCCUUGUGUCUGUUGCUGAUUUGUGUUCACCAGUAAUAUUAAAAAUGUGUUGAAAAAUAUUUUUACUUUACAUUUCUAUAUCAGAGUAGCAUAAAUUAUAAGCUUAUGUUUCAAAAACACCUAUUGCAGUAGAUACACUAAUAAUGUACAAAGUAUUUUGGCAUGAUGAGAGAGGCUCAGUGUUUCUUUCAUUCAGACAGGUGAUUUAACCUCAGAUUCUUUGAAUCAAAAGCAAAAUUAUAUAAAAGAUCUAGUAGAUAAAUGACUUGAUACCUCUGAAGGAUGUCGCAGGGGUAAUAUUAGACUCUCUCAAUAUUGUUCUUGGAGUAAUGUAGUAAUGCCAUACUAGAUCACCUUGGAGUUUCAUAAAUACAACUGUUUCUUAAAAUAUAUCUAUAUGUAUAUUGCUGAUAAAACUAUUGCAUUUAAGGGGUAUUUUGUAUCCAUAUAGAGUUUUUUCAAGAGUAUUCAUUAAAUGUUUUUAAAAGUUAUAUUAUUUGUAGAAUAUGUCAAAAACAUUUACAAUUCAUCCUAUAGCUCUGUGCUCCCAUUCACUUCCCUGCUCUUUGUAGUUAGGGGAUCCCAUUUAACUACUUACAACAGAGGACUUGAAAACAGAAGUGAUGUGCCAUUUCUAUCCUUGAGCAGAAACAACUCCUGCAUGACACUUCAGCUGUCUCUCUACAUUCCAUCAUAACUGGAAAGCAAAGGCCAACCUGCAAGAAUGAUGCAAGCUGUAUCUUUAUGUCACAUUUUAGAAAGGUUUUGUCCUGGAAAACUGAUGAAGUUGCCAUGAACUUUUUAAGAAUAAUAAAUAAAUUGUUAUGUGUUCAGUCA